UAAAGAAAGGGGGCGGAGCCUGAGACUCCCAAUCUGACAGGCAGGAAGCGAGGCCUCCAAUCCGGCCUUUCCGGUGCGAUAAGCGGGGACAGGAGGUCAGCACAGCCCGGGCAUCCGGAGGAGGAGGGGGGAGGAAGCCAACAUAACAUCCCAUGGACAAGCUGCCGGUCCUGGAGUCUGCGGCUGCAGGAGGGAGUGCAGCACCUCCAGCCAGGAAACCUCCCCGGCCAUCCGCGCCCCCCUCUAUAACCACCUCCCGGCAGCCCAGCGUGGAGACCCUGGAGAGUCCCACUGGGUCACAUGUUGAGUGGUGCAAGCAGCUGAUCGCAGCCACAAUAUCCAGUCAAAUCUCUGGUUCCGUGCCACCAGAAAAUGUAUCUCGAGAUUACCGGGUGUACAAAAGGCCUGACAUAAGGGAGAUUCAGGACGAACAAAAUGGCUAUAAAUCUGAAAUGGAAACUGAGCAGGCUCUGAGAGAUGGAAACAAGCUGGCACAGAUGGAAGAAGCACCGCUAUUUCCUGGCGAGUCUAUCAAGGCAAUUGCAAAAGAUGUUAUGUAUAUCUGUCCAUUUUGGGGAGCCGUCAGUGGAACGUUAACUGUAACAGACUUCAAAAUGUACUUCAAGAAUGUGGAAAGGGACCCGCCCUUCAUCCUGGAUGUUCCUCUUGGAGUAAUUAGCAGAGUGGAGAAGAUUGGUGUUCAGAGCCACGGAAAUAACUCAUGUGGUAUAGAGAUAGUUUGUAAGGACAUGAGAAACUUGCGUCUAGCGUACAAACAGGAAGAACAGAGUAAAUUGGAAAUAUUUGAGACUCUUAUAAAACAUGCAUUUCCUCUUUCCAAUGGCAUGACACUUUUUGCUUUUGCCUAUAAAGAAAAAUUCUCUGUGAAUGGCUGGAAAGUUUAUGAUCCUGCUGCAGAAUACAAAAGACAGGGUUUGCCAAACGAGAGCUGGAAGAUAACAAAGAUUAACAGUACGUAUGAAUUGUGUGAUACAUAUCCAGCUGUCUUCGUGGUUCCCACCAGUGUAGCGGAUGAUGACCUUGCCAGAGUCGCAGCUUUUAGAUCAAAAGGACGUAUUCCAGUGUUAUCAUGGAUUCAUCCCGAAAGCCAGGCCACGAUAACUCGCUGCAGCCAGCCGUUAGUUGGCCCCAAUGACAAGCGUUGCAAAGAGGAUGAGAAAUAUUUGCAAACGAUAAUGGAUGCCAAUGCUCAAUCACACAAACUUGUCAUCUUUGAUGCCAGACAGAACAGUGUUGCUGACACUAAUAAGGCAAAAGGAGGAGGGUAUGAAAGUGAAACCGCUUAUCCAAAUGCCGAAUUAAUCUUUUUGGAGAUCCACAAUAUUCACGUGAUGAGAGAGUCUCUCCGCAAAGUGAAGGAGAUUGUUUAUCCAUCUAUAGAUGAGGCACGCUGGCUGUCAAAUAUUGAUGGGACACAUUGGCUUGAAUACAUAAGGAUGCUUUUGGCUGGUUCAGUGAGAAUUGCAGACAGAGUUGAAUCAAGCAAAACGUCAGUGGUUGUUCACUGCAGUGAUGGGUGGGAUCGAACGGCACAGCUGACCUCUCUAGCUAUGUUAAUGUUGGAUAGCUAUUACAGAACAAUCAAAGGGUUUGAGGUUCUUAUAGAAAAAGAGUGGAUAAGUUUUGGCCAUCGAUUUGCCAUGAGAGUGGGCCAUGGAGAUGACAAUCAUGCUGAUGCUGAUCGGUCGCCAAUUUUCCUCCAGUUCAUAGACUGUGUGUGGCAAAUGACAAAUCAGUUUCCUGCAGCUUUUGAGUUCAAUGAACUCUUCCUCGUCACUAUAUUGGAUCACCUUUAUAGCUGUCUGUUUGGAACUUUUUUAUACAAUUGUGAGCAACAGAGAAUGAAAGAGGAAAUCCACACAAAGACCAUAUCUUUGUGGUCCUACAUUAAUAGUCAUGUGGAUGAAUUUACAAACCCAUUUUAUGUGAACUAUGAACACCACGUGCUGUAUCCCGUUGCAAGCUUGAGCCAUUUGGAACUCUGGGUUAAUUACUACAUUCGAUGGAACCCUCGAACACGAAGUCAGAUGCCAAUUCAUCAGAACCUUAAGGAUCUCCUGUCCAUAAGAGCAGAACUUCAGAAGAAGCUGGAGGAACUUCAGAGAGAAGCUGCAACCCGAUCUGUGUCCUCUUCAUCAGACCGGGGGUCGUCCCCUUCGCAUUCCGCUACUCCUGUACACACAGCUGUUUAAUAAGCAGUGCAGACCGUAAUGCUUCAUGUUCGAUGUACAAACAGGUCUCAUUCCCUAUAGCAACCAACAUUCUGGGCACCAAAGGAUUUCGCCCAGGUUUCUUGAUCAAGCAUCUGUUGGUGAAGGAGUCUGUAACACCUUUAAUUGGUUGCAAAGCUGACUCAAACACCGCCAAGCUUCUUUGCUCCAGAUAAUCAGGAUUCAUCAAUACGGUUCUUAUCCUUGAAUGUUUACAUGCUACGUGCUACAUCCCUUCCCUCCUGCACUUCACUUGAAUGUUUAAUCUGUUACGGUUCACAGAACUGUUACCUGCAGAUGGGUUUAUUCUCCAUAAACCUAAAUCCCAGAUAGUCUUUAUUUCUAGCUAUUUAUAUAUAGGAAUUCAGCACAAGUAACCUUUUUACCCGUGUCAUCACUGUACAUUGCAGUGCAGCACUUUGUUUAGACCUUAUUCUAAGUAUACUCUAUGAAGGGAUCAAAUUAAUUUUUUCAUGUCCUGGAAGAGUGUUUGCUCUCAAUUUAUCUUACAUUGGCUAAUGCAUUGUUUUUCUACCAAAAUGCGGAUAUGGAUAUCAAUGAAGGAACGGACAGAAUGUGUCUAUUGCAGAAUUGUUAAAUAGUGGGUAGCUCCAUUAAAUACUUUAAAUCUAACUUUGAUAUGCAGUGUCAAAGGGACACUAUAGGCACCCAGACCACCUCAGCUCAUUGAAGUGGUCUUAGUGCAAUUUCCCUUAACCCUACAGUAGUAAUUAUAGCAGUUUCUAGGACACUGCAAUAAUUACCUCUCAGGGUUAAUUAACUCCACCUCUAGAAGCUUUGGUCGUCUAAAUGGCGCUGGACACCCUCACGCUAUGCAUGAGGACCUCCGCCGUCACUGAAAUCCCCAUAGGAAAGUGUUGGUUAAUGCGCAUUAGGUCUCAGAGCAUGGGUGGCGUCUGACCCAGUGCCGAGGGACAUUGGCACUGGAUUCAGGUAAGUGAUUGAAGGGGUUUUAACGUUAUGGUUUGUUCAUUAAACAUGUAAUCUUGAAAGGACUUAAAAAAUGCAAAAAUAUCUAAAUCAGAAAAUUCUCCCAUCCUCCGUGCGUACACCUCUCCAAAACAAAUUAUUCUUAAUAGAUCGUGAGCAUAUCCUAGACAUUCGGAAUAAAAAAAUAUUUUUUUUUUUUUCCUAGAUAAUUGUCGCAUGCAAUGAGCCAUUGAAAAGGUAUUCUGAGAUGCAUUGUGAAACAAAUGCUGUUCGCUCUAGGGGGUGAUGUGUUUUUGUUCUGAAUUUUCUCAGGAAGCGUUUGUAUACAUAAUAUACACUAACAGAGCAGUAUGUAGUAUAUUUAAAAUAGUUUGGGUUGGAAGACACCAUUAUUGAGUAAUAUCAUUUGAGAGGAUGAUUAUAACUCCCAUUGGGUGUCCAGCAGAAACAGCCUGCAGAGAAGUUUAAUAUUUGCCUAAUAUCCUGUAACCAUACUAAAGGAGUCUGGGCUACAGACCAAACAGGUAAUACGUGAAUCCGUGCAUUACUCCAUGCUGAUGGGUCCAAAUCAAAUAUUGUUACAAUCAUCUGCUUUCCAGUUACUAUAUAUUUAUUUAAAGGGUUAUUCCAACCCCCAAUGACCUUUGCUUAGACAGAUACAUCUGUAUAUUUGUGCCCGGAUAUAGUUACCUCUGGCGACAGAUGUAAAAAGCUUCUUCCCUCUGAGGCAGCACUCCUGCAAGGAGAAGCCUGUUGGACCUCAUGCAUGGAACUUGCGCGCACACAGCACUUGAUCUAUGUAUGAUUUUCCCCUCCUUCUGUGCAGCCUUCACAGUCCAGCCCUCCCAGCCUCUCUAAAUUGGAUGUUAUUUUCCUCCCCUGUUUAGUUCACGCUCCUUGUCCAGCCCUCCCCAGCUCACUGCUCAGAUUGCCAGAAUUGCGAGACAGACUGGCUUUAGUGGAGAGAUGAGCAGUCACUCACAUGCGCAGUGAUAGAGAAUUAUUAUUAUUUUAUUAUUUUUAUAUAGCGCCAUCACAUUCCGUAGCGCUGUACAUUGGAAUCCAGUACUUCUUUAUCAGAAGCGGAUUGCCCAAGGUCGAACAAUGCAUCUCUAUGAGAAAAGCCUAAUGCAGCGUGAGGAUGAGGAAGGUUUGGAAAGGAUUGGGGAGAACCUGACGAUGGAUUCAAGUUACGUUUUUAUUAAAAAUAAGAAACCGUUGGAGUAACCCUUUAAUUGAUAUAUCGGGCAAAAUACAAAUGGUGAAUUCUACAACAUUGGUAACUUAUUUAGAAGAACUAUUAACAUUGUUGCCUCUAGCAUCUUUGUGAGCUGGACUGCACUGCAGCUGUGUGUUAUAGGAAUUUCCUUGCAAAAGUAUUCGUACCCAUUAAAAAUAAUCAUUCCUUUCAGGAUUACAAAUGAUACAUACUCACAAAUGGCCAAAACCUUUUAUUGCAAACUCAUUCGUUCUAAGGGUAUAUUUUUAAAGCCAAAAUUAGGAAUUAAUGUGUAAUUAUUAUUAUUACUGGACUUUUUAAAGUGCCAACAUAUUCCUCAGCGCUGUGCAAUUGGGGGGGAGAAGAUAUUACUUAAAGGAAAACACUGAAAUCUGCUGCUUGCAGGAGUGUUCAAUCCCAUCAUGUUACUAUCUAAUGAAGCUAUGUUUUGCAGGUAGAAGGGACGCGCCAUUCAUCAGGGCCACUUUAAUGCAUUUGAAUAAUAGGCUGUAUUUUAUGGGUGCUCAAAUCUCUGUAGUUUUUGAACAAAAAAAAGUUUUUUGCAAAACCUAAGCCACGCCCCUCAUUCUAGAAAACCUUAUAACAUUUCCUUGUCAAAUGUUUUGACAGCUCAACCAGUGGUGGUGUUGAAUGAUCUAAACUACAAAAUAACCUACAUAAGAAGGAGAGGGCACUCAGGAAAGCAUAUAGUAAAGAUAUCACUGCCUGUUUGUAGUUUCUCUGUCUGCAGCCAGGUUGUGAAUUAAAAGCAGUGCUGUUGGGUCUGAGAUGUAUACAAUGAUAAGAAAGGUCUCUGGCAUGAGGGGGCGUACUAAAAGAGAAGUUAUUUUUGUGAUAAAACUACAAGGAUUAGAGCAUGCAAAAUAUAGCAUAUUCAUACCUGCCAAGUGUCCCAAUUUAGGAGGGACAGUCUCUAUUUUGGACGCUCUGUCCCUCUUUUCUAUCCCAGUGUUUCUCUUUUCUUGGAGCUCCAUAUUGUUGGUGUGUCCGAGUGUAUAACCGCUCCACAGCAAUGAUACUCACAGUAAUGUGUCUUUAAACUACACCACUCAUACAGGAAUUGUAUUUGAUGGGAGAGUAGAUCUCUUGAAAUUCUUGGCUUCUGACCCCCAAAAUGCCAUUAAAGUGACCGAUGGCCUCCUUUUAUAGGUAGCGUCUGGGUGGAAUCCUCCCCUCUUACAGAUUAUUGAUCCAGCAGUGCUAACUGGGAGUUUCAGACACUUUGAUAUUGCUUUGUGUUUACUUUCCGAACUGAUGUCAUUCCAAUAUUCUCUAUUGCAGCAGUAGAAUAUUUCUUCUUAAUUGUCACAGCUUUCCUUUGUGUCUUGUUGAAAGUCCCACUUUGGAUAAGGAUCAUGGGUCAUGCAGCAAAGAGAGAUGCUGGCUACUUUAAUGUCUCGCAAGUAGACGCCAAUUGUUGGUUAACAAUAUGGGUUUUUUUUUCGAGCUGUGUAACUUAAGAAGCUUCCAGGGCAGAGGGGAUUAAUGUUUUUAAAAACAACAAUUUUAUUGUUUUCCAUCAAAAUAUUUACCAUAAACCCAAUGUCAUCUUGUAUAAAAAAUAUACUUUCCAAGUUUAAAUGUUUGCAACUAAAGUAUUGCUCACACAAACCAUAAAAUGUUAAUAUAUAGACCGUCAGAAUAAUGUGAGAAUUGGUAAAGGGUCAGCAUACUUUUGCAAGGCAUUCUGUAUAUUCAUGUCUGAAUGUGUCGUUUUGGGGAGGUUUUGUUUUUACAUUUAAAAUUGGUUGUUCCUGUGCAGACUACAGGAGGUGAUUUUAAAGGAACACUCACAGUGCCAUAACUUCUAUACUGUGCUGUAGUGAUUAUAGUGCUAGAGGUACCCUGGUGUCCUCCAUGUAAGUACUCAAACAGUUUAGCAAUGGUUUGACUGUGCCUGGCGUUUGUCAGGGGCCGUGUGCCACUUCCUGCAACUGUUCAAAAAUCUACCCAAAACAUAAAACAAUGGCAAGUAGGCGGCACAGAAAAAUUUACCAAAGUGCUAAAAAUACAUUAGGGGAGAAAAGGAGACAUACCACGCAUUUUGCUUUUGAAGGACACUUUUUCAACAGCUACCAAAGUGCU